AUGAAUUAGAUUAUUUUGAUAUCAAUAAUUAUUUCAAUUACAUAAGCUUGUUCAUUGAAAUAAUUAAGAUGUGAAGACCUAUUUGACUAGGUUUCUUGUGAAUCAGUUGCAUCUCGAGUUGCUACAUGUUUUUGGAAUACAGAAACUAAUUAAUGUAUAGUAUUGAAAGCAAAUUGCAAUUAUUACAAUAAUAAAGAAGAAUGUAGUAGAUAGUAUGAGUGUGGCUGGAAUGAAACAAAUUGUGAGAAAAAGAUGAUGUAUAUAGAUAACCUUAUUAAUUUAAAGGGAAAAAUAAGAAUUUAAUUGUGAAGAUAUUACAUCUUAUGAAUCAUGUGUUAGAUUAUAUGAUAAUACUAAUUCAUGUACUUGGGAACAUAAUAAAUGUAUAUCAAUAUCUAAAUGCAGUGAGAUUAAUGAUUUUAUGUAAUGUAGAAAUUCAAGACUAAAAGAAAAGUAAUUAUAUAAUAUAUAUUCUGUAGAUGUUAAUUAGUUAUUAAUGGUAAAUCAUCAUCUAUGGAAAAGUAAUAUUUUUAUUAUGGAGAUUUAUUUGAUGAAUAUGAAUGUAGAGCAAAAGAUUGCAAAUAUAAUUUACUUUCAUUAUAAUGUCCAAAUUUUGUUAAUGGAAGAAGAUGUUUCUAAUAUUUUGGUGAAUGUACUUAAUGUUCAUAUUUCACAAAUAAAAAAACUUGUUUAGAACCUAAUUAAUGUACUUGGGAAAAUGGUAAUUGUAGAAACAUAUUGUAUAAUAUUAUCAUAAUAUUUUAGAUGUUCUGAUCUAAAAGGAAAAGAAUAAUGUUAAUCAAAACCAUUUUGUUAAUUUAAUGAUAAGAAUUUAUUAUGUGAAACAAGAAUAGACAACAAAUUAUAUUGUUAUGCUUACGAUAUUUCAUCAGAUCCAAUUAAAUCAAAAAAAAAACUUGAUAUUUGA